UACGACAUGUUGUAUGAUUGUAGUUAAGCCAAGUUGUUUUUGUUAUAUUAUAAUUUUUUUAUUUAAGUUUUGUUGACUAUAAAUUAAUGAAAAUUUUGAUAAAAUGUUGAGGAAAAGUAGGCGUCUGCUUAAUCAUUUACACGUUGUGAAAAGAAAUUUCUAUCAAGAGGCUUCUGUUAUUGGUACAACACAAAAUACCAAUUCAUCAGAAUAUCAGGAAAACUAUGUACAAAUGAAAACUCUAGUCGAUGAAUUAAAAUUAAACGUUAAUAAAAUACUUGAAGGCGGAGGAAAGAAAGCUAGAGAAAGACAUAUCAGCAAAGGAAAGCUUCUACCGAGAGAUCGUAUUAACGCUCUUCUUGAUGAAGGAUCGCCAUUUUUAGAAUUUUCUCAACUCGCCGGAUAUGAAUUGUACGCAGAAGAACAAGUUCCAGCAGGUGGUAUAAUAACUGGAAUUGGUCGAGUCCAAGGGACUGAAUGCGUUAUUUUAGCGAAUGACGCAACAGUAAAGGGCGGAUCAUAUUAUCCAAUCACCGUUAAAAAGCAGCUGAGAGCUCAAGAAAUAGCACAAGAAAAUAGGUUACCAUGUAUUUACCUAGUGGACAGCGGUGGAGCCAAUCUACCAAGGCAGGCCGAAGUUUUUCCUGACAAGAUGCAUUUUGGACGAACAUUUUAUAAUCAAGCAAACAUGAGUGCACAAGGGAUUCCACAGAUUGCCGUCGUAUUGGGAAGCUGCACAGCAGGGGGUGCCUAUGUGCCUGCGAUGGCUGACGAAAGUGUGAUAGUCCGUAAUCAAGGCACCAUUUUCUUGGCUGGGCCACCUUUAGUCAAAGCAUCAACCGGUGAAGAAGUGACCGCCGAAGAGUUGGGUGGCGCAGCUCUACACUGCGAAAAAUCUGGUGUAGCGGACUACUUUGCCCUUGACGAUACACAUGCACUACAUUUAACACGCCAAAUCGUGUCCAACCUGAAUCGGCAGCGCAAAGUGGACGUAACAAUCGAUUGUGAUUACAAAAUUCCUAAACAUGCAGUAGACGAACUUUACGGAAUCGUUGGAGCAAAUUUGAAACGUUCAUUUGACGUUCGAGAAGUUAUAGCCAGAAUUAUCGAUGGAUCGGCCUUUCAAGAAUUUAAAGCACGAUAUGGAGAUACAUUGGUGACUGGUUUCGCCAGAAUCCACGGCUAUCCUGUGGGUAUCGUUGCCAACAAUGGUGUCCUCUUCUCUGAAUCAGCCUUGAAAGGUGCACACUUCAUUCAGAUGUGUGCUCAGAGAAAGACACCUUUGCUCUUUCUGCAGAACAUUACUGGAUUUAUGGUAGGGAAAGAAGCAGAAGCUGGAGGUAUUGCGAAAAACGGGGCAAAGAUGGUGAAUGCAGUUUCCUGCGCUCAAGUACCCAAAAUCACUGUCAUUAUUGGCGGAUCUCACGGAGCUGGAAAUUAUGGAAUGUGCGGAAGGGCAUAUUCGCCUAGAUUUUUGUAUAUGUGGCCAAACGCCAAAAUAUCUGUCAUGGGUGGCGAACAAGCAGCAGGUGUUAUGGCUCAAAUUACAAGAGAUCAGCGCAAACGAGAGGGAAAAGAGUGGACUCAAGAAGAAGAAAAUAACUUAAAAGAUCCAAUAAUCAAACGUAUUGAAGGCGAAAGCAGUCCUUAUUACUCAAGUGCUCGCUUGUGGGACGACGGAGUAAUUGAUCCACUAGAUACAAGAACUGUUGUUGCUCUCAGCUUAUCAGCAGCAUUGAAUGCUCCGAUUCCAUAUAGCAAAUUUGGAAUUUUUCGAAUGUAAACUAUGUUCAAUAAUG